AACUCAAGUAAGCGGCGACGGUAAUACUAAACCUACAUUCAGGAAGAUGAAGUUGGUUUUGCGUUGUGUGCACUUGAUGGAGAUGGUUUCGAGUGCAGGUUGAUUCUACAGCAGUAUUUGAAGCUGUGAGUGCCAGCUAAAGGCGUUCAUGUCAGACUGUAUGUGUGUUAUGGUUUGAACCUCUAGAAAUGUCUAUAGUACAGUCUAGAGAUGCUCAGCUGCAGGCGUUCAUGCAGAUGUAUGAGCUGAGAGCUGCUUGUAACGCCUGUACUCAUAAACAGUCACGCAUUUCUUACUCUAUCAUUGCAACGCCUCACCGUUGCUCUCACAAUCUUUUGCUAGUCAGAGCAAAGUUCAGAGGUCACAAAUGGAGCCCAGUGUCUAUGCGGCCCUCUUAUCCACGCCCUAAUCGAUAUGAAGUGUGUUGGUACUUUAAGGAGGAUGUCGGGUGCUAUGUGCAUCAUGACCGUUGCACUUUUGCUAGUAGCCCAGAAGAAGCUGCGGUGUGGAACUUACAGAAACACACAAACCUUAAUCACGAAAGAUUAAUUCAUCUGAUAACUCAGAGACAGCGCCUGGACGAACAGAGCAGACAAGAAGAUGGUCAAUCGAGAGCUCAUGAGCCUUUGUCAUACAAGGAGAAACUCCUGGAAGAGUACAGACGCAGCUGCAAUGAGAUUCUUAUUAUCUCUGAGCAGGUGGACGAUGUGUGUGUUACACAUGAUGAGAAUCUCAGUUUGGACUGUUUACGAGAAGACAGUGAAAUCAGAUGGAAAUUCACAAUCACCACGGAGAGGUCCUUGGCUCAUGUGGCUCUACUGAAAGCAGAAAAUGGCGCGGUUUUCUCUUUGAGUGACAGUUUAAAGAACACCUUCCCCCCAAUCUCAUACAUUGCAGGCCACCACCUUCGCUCCUCUCACUCCACCUACCAGUUGAGUGUGUCGUUCCUGUCAUUCCACCCCGGUGUGUACGAGCAAUGGUUGAUAUUCGAUUUCGACAUACGUCCAGUUCUGCUCAGGAAACUGAAAGUGAGAGUCGGUCAGCAGUUCCAUGUCCAGCCAGAUGAGGCAGAAGAGAGUGAAUGUGCUGAGAUUUUUUCGGAUGAGCGCUGGAACAGAGGAAACAGGGUUAUCGUGCCCUUCUUUGCCAGAAGGAAGGAGGACGAGCAGUUACUUAGUAAAUACAAACCACCCCAGAUUAACCUACAGUUCAAUCCUCAUGCAGAUCUAAGUUCCCCACUCCAUCGGGACAAUUACAGAGAGAGAGCUCACCACUUCCUGUUCAGAGAGGAAAUCGCAGAGGAAGAGCUCAUUAGCAGAUUAAAUGUUUGUGGGAGCGUGUCUCUCUCUAAACAGUUGAGUGAUGGCAUAUCACAGUUUUCCGCUGCUGCAGGGAAGCUUUUUGCCACACUGAAGGUGUCCUGCUUGCUCACUCCAGAUUCUCCUGAAGGGCUGAUGCUUAAGCGAGGGGUGCAGAUGGCUUUGGUGAAUUGCAUACCAGCAAAGGCCAGUGUGUCAGUAGAUCACAGAAACCAUGUGUACGAGGCAUUGGUGCUCAAACAGGCUGCUGGCGAGGGUCACAUCGGUCUUCAUCUGUCUGCACAGUGUGUGUCUGAGCUACAGCUGAGGAAAGAAACCAGGUGUAAAAUGGAGGUUCAGUUUCAGUUGGAUAGACUGUCAUUCUGUCAGAUACACCAGGCUAUUGACCACCUACCAGACUUGCACUAUGUUCUGCCUGACUUCAGUAACAGUUGUGUCCCUGUGAACAUAACCAAACAGUCUGAAUUGAAUAACAAGCAACAAAUCGCCCUGAACUUCAUCCUUGGCAAGUGUGAUGUCAACAAAGUGGCUCCUCCCUUGCUUAUAUACGGGCCAUUUGGCACCGGGAAGACACUUUGUCUCGCCUCAGCAGCCAAACAGCUGGCCCUUCGUUCUCAAAACAAAGUGCUCAUCUGUACAUAUACUAACAGUUCUGCAGACUUGUAUGUCAGAGGGCACUUCCAUUCAUACAUUACAAAUGGACACCCAAACCUCAAAAUACUCAGGAUAAAAGCAAACAAAGGUGGGGCUUCCAUCAAGGCAACUGAUGACAUCACUCAGAAAUACUGUCUUUGCUCUCCAGAUAGACAGUCCUUCAUUCGCCCAGCACGGUCUGAUCUAGAGUCACACCGUAUCAUUAUAACCACCACAUCGAUGGCACGACAUUUCCGUGAGCUGAAGCUUCCUGAAGGUUUCUUCAGUCAUAUCCUGAUUGAUGAGGCAUCUCAGAUGCUGGAGGGUGAAGCACUCAUGGCUCUGGGCUUAGCAGGCAAACACACUCGAGUGGUUUUAGCAGGAGACCACAUGCAGAUGGCUCCAAAACUUUUCUCUGUAACCGAUGACAAACGAUCAGAACAUACACUGCUGUAUCGUCUCUUCCGCUACUAUCAGGAUGAGAGCAGCAACAUUGCCAAGAAAAGCAGAGUCAUCUUUAAUGAGAACUACCGUUCCACUGCAGAAAUAGUGGACUUUGUAUCCACUUACUUCUAUGUGAGUGAUGGCAUCAAGGCCAAAGGAGAGAUCCCUCCCCACCCAAUGCUACACCCCCUGAUCUUUCAGCAUGUCAGAGGAGAAUGCCGUCUGAAUUCCACCUCCAUGUCCUGGUUCAAUCUUGCUGAGGUCAACAGUGUGGUCAACAUGGUGAGAGGACUUCUGACUGACUGGCCAAUGGAAUGGGGUCAUAAAGAGCCGAAGCAAAUCUGUGUUCUUAGUGAAGGCCAACAGCUUGCUGUCACGAAAAAUCAUCUCCACCAGAAAGGAGUUCAUGGAGUGUCUGUUCAAAAUUUAGCAAACAUUCAAGGGAAACAGUUCAGGGUCAUUAUCAUAACAACAGUUCAGACAAGAGACAGACUUCUUCAAUCAGAGUCAAGCUGCCCAGAGUUUUUUGAUGACAUCCGUGCAUUGAACACUGCCUUGACCAGAGCCCAAUCACUGGUGAUUGUAGUUGGAGAUGCUGGUGCUCUUUGUUGUUUUGGAAAGUGCUCAAAAAUCUGGAGGUCCUACAUAGAACAUUGCAUCAGCAAAGGCAGCAUUAAACCAGAUAACUUUACCAGAGACAUCCUACAACAGGAAGUAUUGGAAAUUUCUAAAUUUCAGAAGGCAGAAAAGAUAGAAAUGUCUGAGAGUGAUGUACCUCUCCAGGCUGAAACUGAUGCUAUAUUGAAAGAGAUGGAUGACUAUGAUUCUGAUGUACAGGACUCAGAUGAAGAGAAAGAACAAAGGAGGCCUUUAUUCUCUACCACUGAAAAGGAAAACCUAUUGGAGCUGGUCAGGAAACAGCCUGCUAUCUAUAGGCAUGGAGAAUUGGUGAUGAAGGGACCUCAGUCAGGUUAUGUAGUACCUUAUGACAAUCCAUCUGAACACAUUAAUAUUAAAGGGAGGAAAAGCAUUGGCAUGUCUUUCCCUGGGGAUGAAGUUGUGGUUGAGACUGGACGAGAUGAUGAAGGCUCUCUUACUGGGAAAGUUUUAGGUUUCACAAACAGACAACCAACAUCCUCUGAAUUUGUGUGUUUUUUAGAGGAUGAAAAUUAUCACAAACGAACACAGAACACUGACAAAUACUUGGUGCCAAAAAUGAUGAUACCCCUCAAUCACAACACCACCAAAAUGCGUGUCUUGGUGAAGAAAGAGAAUCGCAAUUUUAUCCCAGUAUGGAAGUAUGCCAAUGGCAAUUGGACGAUAACAAGAAAUUUUCGUGUUGAUGAACAAACAAAACAGAACUAUGUUUUUGUUGUUCAGAUUUUGGGCUGGAAAGAACACUGUUCAUUUCCGCUAGGCAGAGUUAUGGAUAUUCUACCAAUUGGGACAUCUUUAGAAGAGGGACUCAAGAUUUUAAAAUCAGAGUUCAAACUAACACCUCCUCCUCUACUGCAAGAGGACACAAUUCCAGAGAUGAAAGCUGAUGGAACUGAUGACAAGAAAAGAAAAGAUUUCAGAGGUUUACAAACCUUUACCAUUGAUCCAGCCACAGCUAGAGACUUAGAUGAUGCCAUUAGUAUUAAUGAUCUGGGAAGCUGCUAUGAAAUAGGGGUUCAUGUUGCAGAUGUGGCUAGUUUCGUGUCUAAGGGCAGUUCACUUGAUAGCUUUGCAAAAGAGAUGGGAGCAACUUUUUAUGAUCCUGGAAAAGAACCUACAUUCAUGUUCCCAAAACAUCGUGCCACCACCUUUUGGAGUCUUCUCCCAGGUGAAGAUCGUAAAGCCAUUUCAUUAAUUGUCAAAGUGGAAAAGAAAUCAGGCAUUAUUACAAAAGGGAACUUUUACCUCUCUAAGGUCAAAUCUAAAAAGAAGCUGACCUACAAGGAGGCUGAGGAUAUAAUAAGUCAGUGUGACGGUGAGCUAAGAUUUGAUACUUUGGAGGACUGUGUCAGGGUGGCUUACCGUUUUGCCCGAAGCCAACGCAAAGCAAGACUUAAAGAAGACUGGAACUAUGCCCAACCUGAUAAACACCGGAUGCCAGGGGAGAGAGAAGCAAAUCUAAUGGUUGAAGAGUUCAACAUAAUGUUUAACCAUGAAGUGUCAAAAUUUCUGACAGAACACACAGACACUACAUUCUGCACUCCCCUGAGGUGUCAGGCUCAUCCUUUAGCAGAACAAUUAGAGAUGAUCAGUGAUCGACACAUGGAAGUCAUUCCUUUAUCCUCACACCUGACAUUUCAUAUAGACAGAAGUCGUGUGGACCUGAAUAGCAUGAUUACCUUCACUGUGCAUUCUCCAGGGUCUAGAGAUGUUCGCCUAAACAGUAAUCCUAACUCCAGCCCUUUAUCAAGCCACCUACGAGAUGCCAUCUCUGUCAGUGACUCUGAAUAUCAUUUUGUAAUUGGAGUUCACAAAGCAGAUUUUUUUAGCUAUGUGUCUGGGGAAAAUAUUCAGAACUUGGGUGCACAAUCAGACAUGUGGAGUUUGACGCCAGGCAAAAAUCGCCGUGCUAUCUCUUUAAUUCUGAAAGUGGAAAAGACAAAAGGCAAACUAGUGGAGCAAAAGUUGGUGCUUUCCCGCAUAAAGUCAAGCAGGGCAUUGUCCUACAGUGAAACUGACAGCAUCAUCAACCAGUCAGGUGAAAAUGAGAUGAAAUGUGAUUCUCUAGAAGGCUGCAUACUUGUGGCUUAUCAUUUUGCACUUGAUCACAAGAAAAAUAGACUCUCUGGACAUGUGGGCAGUUCCAAUCCUGCUGAUCUCAGUUCAUCUGAAGACAGCAAAUGCAGGUUAAUGAUGGAGGAGCUGAAGCUGAUGUUUAAAAGAGCUUGUGAUCGGCUGAUUGAUCAAGAAACCCCAUUUCCAAAUACAUUUAGCUGUCCGGUGACAGCUUCACCUGGUUUGGUGAGGAGACUGAAGAGAGACAAUGAGGAGCUUGGGUCCCUCCAUGCAUUGGAGGAAAGUCUGGAUUCAUAUCCUUGGCAGAACUAUGGCAGUUUCAUCAUUCUGACAUCUGUGUGGCAAAAGAUUGAAUCAGCAGCUUUGACAUGUGACUUUUACAGAAUGGCUGAUCUGAUUUCUACAGAUGACAUUCAUCCACAUUUAGUUCCAGCUACUGUUCAGUUAAAGGCCACUGUCAAUAAAGCUUUCUUCAUUCGUUCUCUCUCCUGCAAAGAUGCUUUACUUGGGCACUAUUCAUUACAGCUGGAUUCAUAUACACAUGCAUCCUCACCCAUUCGCCGGUACAUAGAUGUGGUUCUUCAGAGGCUCAUGCAUUCAGUUCUCUGCGAUCGUUCUGUUGAGUACUCUCAGACAGACAUUGAUGUCUUAUGUGACAAGUGUAAAAGAGGUGAAUUGAGGGCACAAGAGUAUGAAAGCAAAGCAGAGUCACUUCAUCUCGCAGUGAGUCUACAAAAGCAAAGCACAUACAAAGUGGCUUUUGUCACCAUUGUUGAACCUGACAGCGAAAAUUUCAAAUUAUCAUUUCCGUUUGACAAAGGAACUUACCCGGACAGGCUUCCUGUUAAAUACAGAAAUUUACAGCUUGAGGAUCAACCAAUAUUUGACAAUAAACAAAAACAGGUGACACUGACUUGGAAAAAACGGAUAUACUCACUGAGCAUGACCCAGACGCCACUGCAGAACUUGAGAUCCUGUUCAGAGAUACAGCUAAGCACCUGGCACGCCAUUGUUGAGGCAGUACGAGACGAACAGUGGGAAGAAGCAAAAUCCCUUGUGUUAGCAACAGAUGUGAGAGAUCACAGUGAGACCAAUGAAGUGCAUGAUACAUCUCGAUUGAAUCCUGAUCACACUUUUGUGUCUGAAGAGGGUCAUUACACUGACUUCACACUCUAUUUGAAAGCCGGAGACACUGUGCAGGUCCAGCUGACCUCAGAAAGGGACAGGGGCUACUGGGCGCCAACUGUACAGUUAUUCAAUGUGAGUUCAAGCUUUGAGAUUUGUGUGGAACACACUGACAAUCCUAUUAAGUGCUUUUCCAAACUUGCAAACCGCCCAUCCAAAGGUUACUAUAAGGAUGUAGAGGAAUAUGUGCAGAUAUGGAAGCCUCUCUGUGAAAUGGAGUCUGCUGCUACUGCUGUAGAUGAUAGCGACUGUGUUGUCAUAGAGAAUGUGCUCAUAACUUGGAUGCUAUCCUUUGAUGAUUCCAAACUCUCUGGAACUUUCUCUUUGCCUGUGGAAUAUGUCAAGAAAUGGGCAAUUGAAUUUGACCUGGCCAAGUGUUUGAUCUGUAUCCGAAAAAGAGUUCUGAAGCAGAACCAUGCAAAUCAGUCAAAGCUGGAUCCAGAAUACUUUACUUGGGUGGCCCAUGGUUUGACAACCCAAUGUUUGGAUCCUCCAGAAAACAGUGUGAAUAAGUCCAAAAUUAUUCACUUUAGCAUAAAAUAUGCAUCCAUGAAAAUUCCAAAAUUCAAGAGGAAUGAUACAUUCACAGUGGAGGUGAUCCCUAAACUCAUUCCAGACAUACGGAAGGAAAGUGCAGUGAAUAAUUUACCAGCAGCUAAUGAACUUGUUAAGAACAUUGCACUAAGACACCGGAUUCUGAAAGAAAGCUCUGAACAAGCUGUAUACCUAUAUGUGCUCAUGAGAGAGGAACCACCAGCAGGUCUGCCUCGACUGAAUGAAAGCCAGUUUAAAGCUUUGGAACAAGCUCUGAACGGCAAAUUCACCGUCAUUCAAGGGCCUCCAGGAACAGGAAAGACAGUUGUAGGAGCGUACAUAGUGUACUGGUUCUCACAGCUGAACUCUAAGAAUCCUUGGAAGCUGAAGGAGCUGAAAGUCAAAAAGAAGAAAGAGGUUAUUCUUUACUGUGGACCCUCAAACAAGUCUGUGGAUGUAGUUGCAGAAUACCUGCUCAAGUUUGGACAUAAGCUGAAGCAAUUACGUGUAUACAGCAGACAGAUGGAGAUGCAGGAGUAUCCCUAUCCCGGCAGCAACCUUCAGUUAUCACACAAAUCACUGCGCCAAGAGCGGUCUAAACCUGAGCUCAGGGACAUAACACUUCAUCACAGAAUUAGAAUGAGUCACAACCCUCAUUCUCAAGCAAUAACUGGCUUUGAUGAAAGAAUUGCUCAUAACCCCCAUUCACUGACAGAUGCAGACAUAGAAGAAUAUAAGAAGCUGCUAAAUUCUGCACGUUUGUAUGAACUGGAAAGUCAUGAUAUUAUUCUAUGCACUUGCACGGCUGCUGCCUCCCCAAACCUCACCAAGACACUCAGUGCACGACAGAUCCUCAUCGACGAGUGUGCCAUGGCAACAGAACCGCAGACACUUGUCCCAUUGGUCAGCUUUAAACCUGAGAAGGUUGUGUUGUUGGGGGAUCACAAGCAGUUGCGUCCGAUCGUGAAGAACGAGCAUGCGCGGAGACUGGGCAUGACACACUCUCUGUUUGAACGUUACAUGGAUAGAGCUCUGCUGCUUGACACCCAGUACAGAAUGCAUGAAGUGAUCUGCAGAUUCCCAUCAGAGGCUUACUAUCUGGGUAGGCUGAAAACUAAGGUGGAUGAACGGACCAGCGUACUGCACAUUGAAACUGAGGGAAUGAGACACAGCAAACACAUUCUGUUUGGAGACAUACGAGGUGUCGAGUUCAGUUUGGUUGUUUCAACUGCACGGGGGAACGAGAACUCGAAAGCCAACUUUGCAGAGGUUAAGAAAGCUGUUGAGAUUUGUGGUCAGCUGGUAUCAGUGGGCCAUGUGAGGCAGGAGAACAUUGCCAUUCUGUCACCAUACAACGCACAGGUGGCCCAGAUCAGAGAUCGACUGAGAAGGUCCACUGACCCCCAGAUGGAGAGAAUCACAGUCACCACCAUUACAAAGAGCCAAGGUAGUGAGUGGCAGUAUGUGAUUCUGUCGAUGGUUCGCUCUUGCCCCUGCAAUGAGAUUGAACCUUAUCCUUCAAGAGAAUGGCUGUCCAAACACAUUGGCUUUGUGGGUGAUGAAAACCAGAUCAAUGUGGGCAUCACAAGAGCACAGGAUGGGCUAUGCAUUCUGGGCAAUCAGGAGAUACUGAACUGCAGCCCAGCGUGGAAGAAACUACUGAAACAUUAUUCAGGUCAAGGCUGUGUGGUCUCUGCAGACCAGAUUACAGUACACAAUGUACGUUAAAUCAGAUUUUAAAGUUGGAUUGAUCUUGAAGCAUUUUACACUCAGUGGUUUUUAAGAUUAUAUUUUUAACCAAAUUUCUAGUAUAAUUCCACCACAUUUUUAAAUGGUUAUGAUUAUAUUAACAAACUAACACAUUUGAGAAUCUAACCAUUCCUGUCAUUUUCAAUCGAUUUAAAACCAUGGCAGCUUGAGAGAAGAAAUUACAUAUAUUUUGUUGCAUAUAACCAUACA